CUUAAAUCAAAUUAUAUUCUAAUAUUUUAGCAGUGACGCAACAUACUUAUCAAUCCCUAUUAAAUAUAGGUCAGUGCAACAUACAUACAGUGCAUGUCAUGUGAAAGUGACCUUGAGAGUGAACAAAUUUUAUCCAAUGAGGUUUAAGUAUAGCAUAUUGUGCAUGUACCCUUAUGUAACUUGUGCACAACUUAGUUUACCCACAGUAAAAACAACAUGUAAUGGAGUCUGCUUAGUAAGCCAUCAUCCCCAGGCCUGCUGUAUCUGCCUAGAAGUCAAAAGAAUGAAUUAGUAUCUGAGACCCAAUUUUCACCAUGGCAAAGCGUCAUACCCUUGUAGGACCAACCCAACCCUCUACACCAAAGCAAUUUAAAUCACCUUCAAGAACUAACUGGGAACUUUGUAUUAUUUGCCAAGAACAAACAGAUGAACCUUUGCAGUGCCCAUUCAGAUCUAAUGCGAAACCUUUUGGUAUUGGCUAUGCAUCAUUGGUAGAAGAUCUAACCCAAUUCAAAGAGCUACACCAAAUGCCAAUGGAUAUACAGCUGGAAAGACUAAAUGAUGGAGAUGGUCUGAAAGAAACUUUAAUGAGAAACAGUGCUAAGUGGCACAAGAAAUGCCGCUUAAAGUUUAACAAAAAAAUGUUUCAUCAACAGAGCAGAGCAGAAAUAGCUUCAAGACUACCCUUAAGUGAUAUCACUCAAAAAGUGUGCACACGGUCAGCAACCCCUAUACCUUCGCAACAAGCAGAGCCUGUCUGCUUCUUCUGCAAUAAGCCUGGUGGCAAUGAAGAACUGCAUCAUGCAUCUACAAUGGACAUUGACAAGAAUGUCAGGAGGUGUGCCACUGAACUAGGUGAUACUGAACUCAUCGCUAAACUGUGUGCAGGGGACAUGGUUGCCAUAAAGGCAAAGUACCAUCGCAACUGUCUUCGUUCACUAUACAACAGAAUCAGACCUAUUGCUCCAAAAGAUGAUGAUGCUGAUCAGCUGCAUGGUAUAGCUUUUGCCGAGUUGGUGGUGUUCAUGGAGGAGAGGCGUGCUGAUGAGGACAUUGCCCCAGUUUUUAAACUCUCAGACUUGGCUCAUCUCUACAAGACUAGACUGGAGCAGCUUGGUGCAACAAUAAAUAACAGGAUACAUACAACAAGACUGAAGGAGAGGCUCCUUUCUGAGCUUCCAGAGCUGAGCGCACAUUCCCACGGCAGGGACACACUACUUUUGUUUGAGAAAGAUGUUGGUCCAGCACUCAGGAAGGCAUGCGAACGUGACAAUGAUGCAAUGUAUCUUGUUAGAGCAGCACAAGUAGUUCGUAGAGAAAUGUUUGAUACUAAGUUUACAUUUGACGGUGCAUUCCAAGCUGAUUGCCAGAGGGAUUCUGUGCCACCUUCUCUGCUUGCUCUUGUGAACAUGAUUCUUGAUGGGGCAAAUAUCAAACAUCAAAAUCAGUUCAACAAUACAAGCUCAACAGCUGCUGCAUUAUCGCUAUCACAGCUAUUAGUAUUCAAUAGUGUUAAGCACACACGGAAUACCGACUCAACCUCAGUCCCAGGAAACCACAGCCGCGACAGAGAGACCCCACUGCCACUCUACUUGACACUCAAGAUUCACGCAGUCACCAGGAACAGAAGUUUAAUUGACACUCUGUUUGGACUUGGGAUAUGUGUCUCAUAUGAUAGAUUUCUGCAGAUCACAGCAGAUGUUGCUAAUGGCCUAUGCCAGCGCUUUGAGAUUGAACAAGUUGUAUGCCCACCAAAGCUUCGCCACGGAUUGUUUACUACAGGUGCUGUUGAUAACGUUGACCAUAACCCUAGCUCUGCGAUGGCCAGAGAUUCAUUUCAUGGCACCGGGAUAUCUCUGAUUCAGCAUCCCUCGCACACAAAUGAAGGACAACAACGUGAUGUAGUGGUGAUUGGGCAAAACGUGUCUCCCAACAAGUCGGUAGUGCCUCUUCCAUCAGAGUACACGAGUGUGACACCAGUCGCCAUUAGGAAACAACACUUCACUGCACCUGCUGUUGAAGGUCCUGCAAAGCCUCCACACCUUCUUGCUGCUGAAGCUGCAGUGCGAGAGGAGUACCUGUGGCUUAGGUUGGUGACAGAAACCCUUCAGAAGAAAUCAAUAAAUGACUGGGUGUCAUGGUCCGCCUACCAUGCCGAUAUGCAGCAGGCUGUAAUGCCACCUGCCGCCAUAAUCUCACUAUUACCUCUUUUUGUAGAUAGUGCCCAUUCGGUGGCCAUGAUAAGGCAUGAUAAGACCACAGUUAAGACAGCAACUCAACACCUCAACCUCGGCCAAUGUAUGUUAAGAAUGUCAUUGCUAUAUACAUUACUGUCCACCAAAUUGGUGGAACUUGUGAAAAUUUAACAUUGAUUAUCUGAGAUUCCAAGGUCAAGGUUAGAUAUAUCUAGAAAUAUUGACGAUCUGUGGAUUAUCCGGGGAGCACAUCCGGCCCGUAGCCCGCCUCCCAACUUUGAGAACCAUAGUCAAUAUACUGUUUAUGUAAAUAUAUCGUUCAUACACAAGCGUGGUGCCCUUUUUAGAUUCACAUCGAAAUUUUUAAUUGGAAUAUAUUGUUCAUACACAACUGAUGACCUUUUUGAAGUG